AUUUCUGAACUUUAGGAUGUCACCAUCACUAAUGAUGGAGCAACAAUUCUCAAGCUGCUUGAAGUGGAACACCCAGCUGCCAAGGUGCUAUGUGAAUUAGCUGACCUGCAAGACAAGGAAGUGGGGGAUGGUACAACAUCAGUUGUUAUUAUUGCUGCUGAACUACUUAAGGGUGCAGAUGAAUUGGUUAAACAGAAAAUUCAUCCAACCUCUAUCAUUGGUGGUUAUCGCCUUGCCUGCAAGGAGGCAGUCCGUUACAUUCAGGAGAACCUGACCAUUAAUAUGGAUGAACUAGGCAGAGAGUGUCUUGUCAAUGCUGCUAAAACAUCCAUGUCAUCAAAAAUAAUUGGAGUUGAUGCAGAUUUCUUUGCCAACAUGGUGGUAGAUGCUGCUCAUGCAGUGAAAUUCACAGAUGCUAAAGGCCAGGCACGCUAUCCAAUCAAGGCGAUAAAUUUGCUUAAGGCUCAUGGACGGAGCCAGAGAGAGAGUCUUUUGGUGAAUGGCUAUGCACUUAAUUGUACUGUUGGUUCACAAGGAAUGACUAAAAGAAUAAUUAAUGCGAAGAUUGCAUGUUUGGACUUCAGCCUACAGAAGACAAAAAUGAAGUUGGGUGUUCAAGUUGUCAUCUCAGACCCAGAAAAAUUGGACCAGAUUAGACAAAGAGAAUCUGAUAUUACCAAAGAGCGAAUUCAUAAGAUCUUGGCUACAGGAGCAAAUGUCAUCCUGACCACUGGUGGCAUUGAUGAUAUGUGCCUCAAGUAUUUUGUGGAUGCUGGUGCCAUGGCAGUCCGCCGAUGUCUGAAAAAGGACUUGAAGCGAAUUGCAAAGGCAAGUGGGGCAACUAUGUGUUCAACUUUGGCAAACUUGGAGGGAGAAGAAACUUUUGAAGCUUCCAUGUUGGGCCAGGCUGAGGAAGUGGUUCAAGAAAAGAUUUGUGAUGAUGAACUGAUACUGAUUAAAAA